CUCGUAUUUCCCUUAAGGCCUCCCUCUCAUUUUCUCUCUCCUCUUUCCCUCAAAAUUUUCUUCGAGGGUUUUCUUCUCUAAGUCGAAACCCUCUCGAACCCUAAAACACACCCAGAAACCCCAAAUAUCUAUCCAUUAUCUUAAUUUUCCCCCCAAAUUGAUUUCAAUUUCUGGGUUUAUUGAGAAUGCAGAAUCAAAGAAUGAAGCAACAACAACAAGCUUUGAUGCAGCAAGCUCUUCUUCAGCAACAGUCUCUUUACCACCCUGGUCUUCUUGCUGCUCCUCAGAUAGAGCCAUACCCCAGUGGAAACCUUCCUCCGGGCUUUGAUCCUUCUACAUGCCGUAGUGUGUAUGUGGGUAAUAUUCAUCCUCAAGUCACUGAACCAUUAAUCCAAGAGGUUUUUGCUAGUGCUGGCCCUGUUGAAGGUUGCAAGCUUAUUAGGAAGGAAAAGUCGUCCUAUGGUUUCAUUCACUACUAUGAUCGCAGAUUUGCCAGCAUGGCUAUAUUGACACUUAAUGGAAGGCAUUUGUUUGGGCAGCCUAUAAAGGUUAAUUGGGCGUAUACUAGUGGUCAGCGAGAAGACACUUCAAAUUCUUCAGACCACUUCAAUGUAUUCGUUGGGGACCUGAGUCCCGAGGUUACUGAUGCGAUGCUGUUUGCUUGUUUUUCCACGUAUCCUAGUUGUUCAGAUGCAAGAGUAAUGUGGGAUCAGAAAACCGGGCGUUCCCGGGGGUUUGGUUUUGUUUCAUUUCGCAGCCAGCAGGAUGCCCAGAGCGCUAUAAAUGAUCUUACUGGAAAAUGGCUUGGUAGUAGGCAGAUACGCUGCAAUUGGGCCACUAAAGGUGCUACUAACAAUGAUGAUAAGCAAAGUACUGAUUCAAAAAGUGUUGUGGAAUUGACAAAUGGUUCAUCAGAAGAUGGAAAGGAGGCCACAAACAGCGAAGCACCUGAAAACAAUCCUCAGUAUACAACUGUAUAUGUUGGGAAUCUUGCCCCUGAGACUACCCAGCUUGAUCUCCAUCGCCACUUCCAUAGCUUGGGUGCUGGAGCUAUUGAAGAAGUGAGGGUGCAGCGAGACAAAGGCUUUGGCUUUGUUAGGUACAGCACUCAUGCAGAAGCAGCUUUGGCCAUACAGUUGGGAAAUACACAAAGUAUGCUUUUGGGCAAAUUAAUCAAGUGCUCCUGGGGAAGCAAGCCGACACCAGCAGGGACAGCUUCAAACCCACUUCCUCCACCUGCCCCUGCACCUCUAGGCCUUUCUGCUACAGAUCUUCUCUCUUAUGAGAGGCAACUAGCUAUGAGUAAGAUGGGUGGGAUGCAUGCUCUGAUGCAUACACAGGGGCCACAUCCACUCAACAAGGGUAGUAUGGGAAUGACAGCUGCUGGAGCUAGCCAAGCUAUUUAUGAUGGCGGGUAUCAAAAUGUUGCUGCCCAGCAAAUGAUGUACUACCAUUAAGAUCUUGAUGCACAGCCCUUCUGGAUUCGUUCUGCCCUGCGGAUCUGCAUUCGUGUGUCUAAAAAUUGUUUUAUUAGCUAUCUAUGUUUCUCCUUUAUAUGGGGGGUGGGAUUGAGGCAUUUUACCCUCCCUGUACUUGAUUGUGCUGUGUGUUGAUGCAUGAUGUAACCUUUUUUUUUUUUUUUUUUUUUUUUUUUUUCCUUUUUCCACCUUUUCUCUACCCCGGCUUUUGAAAUUUCUGUUUCUUUUUAUUUUCUUUUCUUCCUAUCUUGUAGGAACUGAUGGUUGAUCUAGAGGAAGUUUGUCCAUUACGGACAGUAGCUUAUAUAUAUAUAUAUAUUUUUUUUUUUCUCUUAGACUUUGGAUGACCAUAUUGUUGCGGAGCCUUAUGACAGCAGUUUAUGAGGAAGUUUUAUGUGUAUACUAAUUUCCCAUAUAUGACAGUUAUGACCAAAAUAUUACGAAGUAUUUACUA